CCUCUGCCGCAGGAGAGGUCCGUGUCCAGCGGAGGGAGCAGAUGAGGCACAUCUGGACAGCUGUGCUGAGUACCCGUGCGGCCGGUUCGUGGGUCCGACGUCAGCUGGGCACGUCCCCCACGUACUCUCCUAGUCACUUUGUUCGUUUUCCCAAAGAAGCAACCAGGCACCCAAGCUUGAAACUUUUUUCUUCCUAAGGCAAAUUGGGGCCAGAUGCAAUCCAACACUCAGUUUAAUUUUCAAGGGGCUGUGGGAUCAAAAGAACAGAAACAACAACAACGAAAGUCCAGCCGCUCUCUGAUUUAAAACUGCCAGACUGGGAAAAUUAAAGUGUUGAGUAAACAGUGGGCAGCUUCCAGGAUUGUUAGCUGCUGAGUGUCACGUCUUCAGUGCUCGUGAUCCACGGGGGAUUUUCACUAAGAUAAAAGUAUGGCCAAGAUGGGGUCUUUCAGAGGUCAUGCCAUUCCUGGAAGUUUUUUCUUCCUAGCAGGUCUUUGGUGGUGUACAAAAAGCAGUCUGAAAUAUGCCUGCAAAAAGUACAAGCACACUUGCUACCUUGAUUCCAAAGCAUUAUUCCGUCGUCUAGAAAUUUUGGAGGGAAUCUUAAUGAUCAUCAUGACUUUUAUAGGCAUUGCUGGGGAACAGCUUAUGCCUGGAGGACCUAACCUGAUCUUAUAUGACUAUAAAGAGGGCCAGUGGAACCAGCUCCCGGGGUGGCAACAUUCCACCAUGUACUUCUUCUUUGGGCUACUUGGCGUGGCAAACAUCUUAUGUUUCACCAUCAGUUCAUUUCCUGUCUCCAUUACCAGGAUAAUGUUGUCAAAUGCCUUAUUUGUUGAGGCUUUUGUCUUCUACAACCAUACUCAUAGCCGGGAAAUGCUGGACAUCUUUGUGCACCAGCUUCUGGUCUUGGUCGUCAUUGUGACAGGCUUGGUGGUCUUCCUGGAGUUCCUCAUGUGGAAGAACAUACUUCUGGAGCUUCUGAGGUCAAGCUUAAUCCUGCUUCAGGGGAGCUGGUUCUGGCAGAUUGCUUUUGUACUGUAUCCCCCCAGUGGAAGACCUGAGUGGGAUCAGAAGGACCAUGACAACGUUAUGUUUCUCACCAUCUGCCUUUGCUGGCAUUACGCAGUUGCACUUGUCAUUGUUGCUGUGGAUUAUGUCUUUGUCACCUGGCUGACAUCUGGGCCUCAUCUCCUUAGAGGCUGGGCGGUCUCCAAGACCUAUGUGAGCAUUGUUCACAUCAGCUCUCAUCCAGAGGCAAAAGAAGACUACAGCUUCUUCCUGUUUCAAAAGCCUCAGGACCCCUAGUGAACCUCUAAUCCACUUACAGUUCUCUGGAAACCAGAAACUCUAUUUAUAUUGUUUAAUCUUCCAUCCCAUCCCCAACUUCUGCCCCACACUGCACUUUAUUCUAAACUUUUGACCAUGUGGUUCCCUCUGUCUGGCAGCCCUGUUAAAUGUACACCUCUUCAAUGAAACUUCCUCUGAUUACUCCAGCCCUUGCUCAUCUCUCUCUUCAAGUUUUCACAGCACUUCAGUGUCUACCAUACAUCUCAACAAUUGUAAUCUACCUUGUGAUAUUUAGUGUUGGUUCAUGUGCAUUGGUGUUGAUUGCUAGCUAGAUUGUGUCUCCUUGAAGACAACACGCUUGUCUUACAAUUUCAUAUUUCUCACAUCUUGGCAUACUUCCAAACAUAUUGUAGGCACUCAAUAAACACCUGUU